CAGAUCUCGCGAGAACUUUGAAGUCGAUAGACGCCCCCGGGAUGAUGGGAUGAAGUGCGACGCAGAGGAUAAACAAAAUUCUCUACGUAAGUCAAAGCUGACUUUUCCUUUCAAAGUUUCACAUUUGCGUUUUUUUUUUAAAUAUAUAUCUCUGUCAUUGACAUUUUAAACCAACGACUACGCUUUCUGCCUUAUUUUCUUCGUUGUUACCGAUUGGAAGUGUUUAACGUUUUGUGUAUUGAUCAGCUGAAGCACUGUGACACUUUUAUGAAAUGGCAUCAUCUACUAUAAAUAAACAUCACAGAAUGCAUGGGAGACGUGUUUAACAGCGCAUAGGAAAAAUCAUACAGAUAUCAUCAGCACUCUCAUCUUUUUCGCAGGAAUGUGGACAUUUUGAUUUUGUUUAAAAGCCCGUCACAUUCGCUUGGUUGUUUUGAAGAUGUCCCCGUUGCUAUGGAUUACCUAUCUGAUGCUACAAGUCAUAGUGCCCCUAGCCUCCGCCGAGCUUCUACCCAUGAUCGGCGAGCAGCGGAUGAGACCAAAAUGGAAGCAGUACUGUACAUUCAACAAUGCCUUGCGAUGCCAUCCGACCAUCGUAGCCCAAUCCGCAUCAGGUGUCGAAAACCAAGGAUGGAAAAUUUACAGAUCACCAAAGUCAAAAGAUUAUUACGUGGGAAUAACAUGCCCACGGCAAUGCUGGCAGAACAUUCGUGUUUACUCCAACGUGCAAGCCUACAACGGAGUUGCUACUCUUACGUUUUAUUAUUAUGUAUGGGAAACUAAGGAGAAAGAAGGGGAUAGACUCUUGCCCCAGCUCCGCAUUAAAGGAUGCAAUAAUGGUGAGAUAUGGAGAUCUACCGAGUACAAGCAAUCACAUGAGACUGGCGAAUGGAUAGGGGUCGUUGUACCCAUCUACUGUUCCAAUAUAUUCAGCAUAAUCUUCGAAGGCAUAAUGACUUCUGGUGGCCAGGUCAUUGCAGUCGAUAAUGUUGCCUUAACAGAUGGGAGAACAUUUUCAAAUGUUCUGCCGCAGCCAUCCAUUUCCGUUGUUCACCCAACCAUUCCCCCUGACAGUCCGGUCACACCAUUGCAGGGAACACGACCAGCAGUAAGACCACCUGGGCGACCACCACAUCGACCACCACAACGACCACCACAACGACCGCCACAGCGACCAACACACCACUUACCGCAUGUACCACCGGUCACCGAUCAAACGACCGCCACGACGGUUUCGAUAACCAAACCAACAGUGUUGGACUCUCUGAACGAAACAUCGGGACUUGUUCCUUCCACGGCGAUUGAGGGCGGUGCUAGCAGUGGAAAGGGAGAUUCAUCAGCGAUACCAAAACUGCUAGUUGCUCUGGCUCUCUGCAUCUGUUCUCUAACCCUCUGUGUCCACUGCAUCAUCUACAGAAAACAAAAGAAAUGCCAAAGCAUGGGCAAGGGACACCAACCCUCAAGACAGUCUCCAAUAUCUGGCCAGCUAUCAUCUGCUUCAUCCGUUUGUGAGAUAGUCAUCACUGAUCAUAGUCGAAACUCUUGGGCCAUCAAUCACAGCGAAGGACCCGAUAUUCCAGGUACGUCUCGCGGCCUGACAGUGGACCAUCUCACCCCCAAUGACCGCCCGAGACUAGCUACCUGUACCCUAGGAUCAAAAGCCUUCAACAGCAACCUUACCCGUGUGAACAGUGAGCUUCGACCAUCAGGACGGGCAAGUAGCCUGCCAAGUCGACCCACACCGAAUAUCUAUGAGUCAAUUGAUGAGGUCAAAAGUGGACUCUCGUCCCACCCUUCAAAUUUCUUUCUGAAUCUCAGUAAGAGAAGUUCGUUUGUAAAGAAGGUGGUUCACACGCUAGAGCUGCCAUUUAGGAAGAAUCAUUUGGAGAAAUCUCGAAACUCUCCUCUAGGAAGUAAAGAUAGAAGCUUAUCUGAUGUCACGGGUAAAUCUGAAACAUCAAAAAUCCAUAAGAGAGCCUUCAGGAAAUCGAACAGUCAUUCUGCAGGAAUCCGUUUCUUUCCAACUAGCAUGUCAUCCUUGAAUUCUCAAAAUGACAACGGACCUUCCCCAAGUCGUCGUAACCUCUCACCAACACUUCCCAAUCGACCAAUGUCAAACAUUUUCGGAAAGACUUCAUCAAAGAUUCCUGGUUUACGAACUAGUUUAAGUAAAUCACGUAGCCAUUCGGAUGUUAAUACUGCCGUUUCCGCAGGACGCAAGCUCCUUCCCUCGGGGGUUUCGCCAUAUUCAUGCUCGAAACUUCCGAACAUAUCUUUUGAACUCGGAGACUCCAGACCGAGUGUGCUUUAUGCGAAAUCAUCCGCUGAAACAUCCCCUAAUCAUUCUAUCGUCGAGGAGCCCAACGAAACGACUUCGUCUUCUCGGAUUUCUGAACACUUCUACCAUGACCUCGACAGUCAGUUCCGACCAACAGUCUCUGCAAACCUUUACCAUGUCUUAGAUCCAACGUCAUUCGAGUCUUCAUCGUCUUCGGAGGAUGAAGACUUAGAGAAGAAAAUAUCAACCGUGAAGCGAAACACGGUCCUCCAGCGCACUGAGAGUGGAUACACAGUUGUAUCGAAAAGCAGUUACAAUUCAGACUUUGAAAACUCAGUGGGUAGCAAUCUAUCAAACAUUCAAUCCCUCGAUAGGGUAUACUUUAGACUUGAAUCUCUUGACAAUCCGCAACAUGACAAUGAAUCUGAGUUUGGUGCUCGAGAUGGACUGCUCGAGCAUGAGUUCGAUAUGAGUUGUGAUAUGCAAAGACGUAGUAAUAAGUAUGGUAGAAGGGUAAGCGAUCUUGAGACAACGUGUACCUUAUCAAUGUACGAGGAAAGCGGUCGUCUUCUCGAUGAAACGGACAUUUCGAGUACCAUUGAUGACAGACCGGAUGUACUUAGAGGAGUCAGAGCAUGAGAAAUUUUGCAAACAAUUAUGUAUGUUAUAAGUGAAUGUAAAUGCACAUAAAAUAUGAUCCACCGUGUAGUAAAUCGCACUAGUCAGUGUAGCGAUGUAUAAUGUUACCGGUGAGGGGGUGUGCCAG